AUUUCUCGAUACUAUAAAUACGAAAUAGGAGCAAAAAUGAACAGGCAGGUCGUCGUCGUCAUCAAUAGUCUCCAAAAAAUUUCGUAUAAAGCUAGCUUGUUUUCCCCCCCCGGUUUUUCUCUAUGGCUUCUUCCACCAUUAGCAGAUGGCUGAGGCCCGAGGUGUAUCCGCUUUUUGCAGCCGUAGGUGUUGCUGUAGGGAUCUGUGGUAUGCAAUUGGUUCGUAAUAUCUGCACCAAUCCUGAAGUCAGGGUGACCAAGGAAAACAGGGCUGCAGGAGUGCUGGACAACUUUUCGGAAGGGGAGAAAUACGCAGAGCAUGCUCUUAGGAAGUUUGUUCGAAACAAGUCUCCAGAGAUUAUGCCAUCAAUCAACGGCUUCUUCAGCGAUCCAAAGUGAUGCCCCCUAGUCAUGUUUUGAUAUGGAUUAACAUUAUUAUUCUUUUGUCUUCUUUUCCAUUGAUGAGAUAGACAUGAAAUGCAUUUUUCUGGCCUUGCGAUGGGCCUAAAACAUAUUGAAAGAAACUUGAAUAAAUGUAAUUCUAUACCACAUGUUCCUUUUGAUGAGAGGGCACAUCUUUUCAUAUGCUAUUCAUCUAUUGUUUUCUGGAA